UCCAGCCUCGCUGCUUCCAACCGUCUCCUAUCGUUCCUGGAAAUGUAAACUUUCCCGGGUUUCAGUUGUUUCAAAUUUGGCCCUGCCAGCGUCCUCAGCAGCCAAUGAAAAGGGAAAUACAAACGCGCUGAGAUCUCAGCUUACAUUCCUGCGCAUGAGCGGUGACCCGAGCGGAAACCGGAGCCGAGGGGCCGGGGCGUGGCCCGAGCGUGGAGAUUCCGCGCAUGCGCUCAGCUCGCUUGGUGUGUGCCGCUGCCGCCGGGAGUCACCUGGAGGCAAACUUUUUGAUUCUACAAUAGCUGAUGAGGGAACAUGGACUUUGGAGGACAGAAAAAUGGUUCGUAUUGUUCUUACAAAGACAAAGAGAGAUGCAGCAAAUUGUUGGACUUCUCUUCUAGAAUCUGAAUACGCAGCUGAUCCUUGGGUGCAAGACCAAAUGCAGAGAAAACUUACAUUAGAGAGAUUCCAGAAAGAAAAUCCUGGUUUUGACUUCAGUGGAGCAGAAAUCUCAGGAAACUACACUAAAGGUGGACCAGAUUUCUCAAAUCUGGAGAAAUAACUGCUAUUUUUUCGCUGCAUUCUGUGAACCCUAGCAGAUGUUGCCAACUUGAUCAAAGGAACAAAUUAUAUGGUGGAAGAAAAAUGUGGAUGCCUACAGUUAACAAAUUGCAAAAUAUAUUUAAGUAUGGUUCUAAAAAUUGCAUUCAAAUAUGAUUUACAUAGGAAACCUCUUAAAUACUGUGGUAACUAUUAAUAUAUGGUAACUUUUUUUGGACUUGG